AUGAAGGGCAAAGAGCUUGAUGCGGCUGCCCUCAAGGCCAUUGAAGAACGGAGAAAGAAAUUGAAACAACCCGAACUGUCCCGCACCGAUGUUGUCAAGCUUCAAGACACCGGAAAGAUCCUCAUCAUUGUUCAGAACAUGGUCUUUGAUGUGACCAAUUACAUCACACAUCAUCCAGGAGGAGAGCACAUCAUGAAGAGCAACUCUGGAAAGGACGCGACUGACAAAUUCAUGAGAAUCCACACCCAUGCCGCGCACUCAUUGCUUCCUGGUAUGUACAUUGGAGACUAUGUGGAGCCUGAUGACGGGAAGGCGAUUGCUGCUAGCAAUGGAAGGUUGGCUCAUGCUGUGCAAACUUCGGAUACUGCACAAGUGACUGUGGCAUCGCACCUGACAUUCGGAAGUGCCAACCAGAGGGAGAAGGAGAAAGGGAUCGAGAAAUCUGCGAUGUUUAACACCAUUGACCUCGCAGACAUUCGUGCGACCAUGACAGUUGGUGAUGAGGAGAGCUCCGACAUGGUUGCUCGGCCACACCUUGACUUGUCCUUUGCGCAGAGGGGCGUCCUGCAAGAAAUCCCCGAGGAGGACGAGACCGUUAGUGUCACUCCGAUGCAGAACUCCUCGAAACUCGACGCCUUUUACCCGAGCCAGGACGAUUGUGCCGAGGAGGAGGCAGCUGGAUCUGAGCAUUCAAAUGGCCAGAAGCUCGAGGCUGUCCCAGAACAACAGGGAACCUGCGAGGUUCGAUCCAACGGCAAUAUCGCUCAAGACCUCUUUCCUAGAAAGAGUUUGGAGCACAAGCAAUGUCCCUUCAGUGGUCAAGCCAAGGUCUCUGGUGCGCAAGGGAACGCGGGGAACUGCCCUUUCCUUGCCUUGACGAUGAUGAACACGGAGGCAGAAAGUGCUCCUGUGCCGAAGCUUGUCAGUCAAGGGUCGAACGAUUCGCUCAACUCUUUCCAGAGGAAGUCUGGAUCCUUUAGCUCUUCCAAGGGAAAGAUUUUGAAUUCUUCCUCUUUCUUGAACUACGCAGGAGCGCAGCCUGCAGAUGCUGUUGAGUCUCCAAGAUCGAUGAGGUCGAGGGAUGACGUGACCGUGUCAUCCCGGAACGCUUCCACGUCCUUCCAAGGACAGAGCAGCCACUUUGGAUCCAAGUCGACGCUGCAGGGGACGAACUUGCGUCAGGCUGGAGGAGUGUUCCGAGCAAGUCGCGUGCGACGGAAGCAUGUUCAUGUGAAGAAGAACAAGGCCCCUAAGGUGGACUUGCAGGAAUGGAAGUUCCAUUCGAACUUUAUCGUAUCUUCUUGGAGGAAGCUGCUGCGGAAGGUGUCCUAUGCUGAUCUAGGCCUCUCCAUCUACGAGUCUGUACGGGACGUUGACGAGUUAGAGCCGUUGUUUCGGUUCACAAACAGGGUCGUGCAAGGGACCAAGUUCGUCGACAUGCUUUCAAGCAUCGUUGACAACAUCCACUCGCCGGCAGAGAUCUACGUCAAGAUUGCCGACCUUGCACCGUUGCACCACCGCAAGGGAGUGAGGGGAUCGCAGAUGCCCUUGAUGCAGGAGAUCGUGAUGCGAGUGUUUGACAGCACUCUGGGCGAUGACAUGCUGGAGGAGGAGAAGAAGGCCUGGCUCUGGAUGUGGGCCUUCCUGACCAAGGCUCUGGACCAGUCCUUGAAGGAGGUCGGAUCCACUCUCAGUGUGGUGAGGGACUGCUGGGAAAGUAUCCUCGAGCAGUACACGCCGGCUGACCUCGGUGAACUCAUCUACGACCAACUCUUCAAGCUCGCCCCCAACGUUGCAAGCUUGUUCACGAAGCCCAGAGAGGUCAUGGCGAUCAAGAUGGGAAACACUCUGGGGACUCUAGUGUCGUUCGCCGAUGAUCCUGAGAGUAUGAAGCAGCAGGUCACCUGGCUCGGAGUUCGCCAUGUGCUCUACAACGUCCGCCCUCACCACAUCCCGCUGAUCGGUCCAGUCUUCAUGAACGUCCUCUCCGAGGCGGCGGGGGCGAUGUGGACGCCGGAGGUCGAGAAGUCAUGGGGAAUCGUGAUCAAAAUGGUCUGCGAGAACAUGGCGGAGGCAAUUCAGAACGGCGAGGACUACGGGACGUCGUUGGAGCACAUAGUGCUGUACCUAAGGGAGCAUGUCGACAUAGAAGUCUUCUCGAAGAACUUCCAGGCAGAGCUAGCGAUCACCUGCCCUUCCAUCUUUGAGAACAUGCACGAGGAGCUGAGGUCGGAAUCGGCCUCCAGCUUCUCCAGGACUAUCUCCAAGGUUGUAAACAGCAUCGGCUCCGACCAAGCUUCGGGGAUCUCUCCCUCGACGUCUGCUGUCAGCCAGAAUGGGGUGUCUCAUCUCAUCAGGAUGAGCGCAUUCAAGGGGGGCAACUUCAAGCAUGAUGAUGAUAGUUUCUCGCACAGCAGCAGUGCGCCAGCGCACACCAUGAGGCAGAAGCGGACCAACUCAAAGAUCAGCAUGCAAUCCAAGGAGCCGGGGUCAGAAGAAGUCGAGUUGCUGAUACGAGACGUGUACGACUUUGUCGCCGAGGCGUGUGAGCUGGUCUGGGAGCCGGAGAAGCAGGUGGAGAAGGUGUACAUCUACGCGCCUCGCUUCUACAAGAGGGGAAUCAGGAGCGAGAACCUGAAGGGACUGGGCUACUCGUUCGAGGUUGCACUGAAGAACACUGUGGGGGAAGAGAACUGGGGGGAGCACAUGAGCGACUCGAUUCGCUGGCUAUGGCAGACCCUCGUCGAGAGUCUCACCAACGAGCUGAACGGACUGAAGACUAGCAGGGGAGAACUGAUCCUAGAGCACUGGCAGGAAGUCAGGGUGAACACUGAUAUUGAGGACUUGGGCUCUAUCUUUUGGAAGCAUCUCAACGAUGAGUCGCCCGAACAGACCCAUCUCUUCCGCCGCUCGUUCACCAUGUGGGGGAAGCUGCUGCAGCAUAUCAUGGAGAUGCUCCUGUUGAGUCUGGCGGAGCCGGAGACCUUCUUCGAGCAGCUCUUCGAGUUGACGAUCCGUCAUAUUCGCUAUGGCGUCCGCCCAGAGUACCUGGCGCCGUUUGGGACUGCGCUCCUGCUGACGCUGGAAGAGGUAGAGGACGGGAGAGAAGAGGGAAGGAGAGACGAGGAGGAGGGAGGAGGGAGGGGAAAGAUGGAAGAGUCAGGGGAGAGAGUGGAGUUGUGA